AUGUCUACGCGCGGCUCCCGUCGCUCCUUCACGGGCAACCACGAGAUUCUGCCUGCCGCAGAGGCGCGCAUCGAAACCCUCAUGUCGAUCGUCCCCGAUCGCGAGUUCAUCUCGUGGACGUUUCGGACGCGGUACCGUGUGCUCUUGCAUACUCUCGUUGCUGCUGCCGUUACCACUACCUCUCUGAAAACUAAACACUGGCUCGAAAUUCCCUCCGUUAUGUUGACUGUCCUUGGCGAUCUCGUUCUCGGUUUCGUUAUCUCCUACCAUGCUUCCAGCGGCUGUGACCGCUUCUGGAUGGGCCGUAGCGGGUGGGGCGACGUCAUCCGCACGUCGCGCCCGCUUGCGUGCGUUAUAUGGUUCCAUGUUCCACUCCGCCACGGACCCAAUGCCAAAACCGGGAUAGAAGUCGACGGCGUUGUGGUCGAGGAGGAAGAGGAUGAAAAGGCUGCGGUCAUGAUGGUGGAGAAGAUGGGGGCACUGGAUCUGGUUCAGGCGUACAACAUGCCGCCGUACAGAUUCGUUAUUUUGCUCAAGCACCAUCUUCUUGGUGAAGUCGGGGUGUACUGCGAGGGUCUAUACCAGCUUGUGCGCGGCUAG